AUGGCCUCACCAUCAAGCGCCAGAGUUCCAGUGGGCAGCAGUACGAAACAGGUCCAUGGCAGUAAGCGGGACGCCACCGGUCGGUCUCGGAUCAUUGGUGCAUCCUCAGUGUCGAAUUCCAGACGCGUGAACGGGAGCGUCGCCAAUGUAAACGGAGGAACCACCGGCCACGGUUCCGGCCACUCGACUCGCGUGUAUUUGGAUGGCCAAGACGUCACUCCACAGUCUUUAUUAGUCAGUCGUAUCAAGUCAACGACGGAGUCCAAAGGCAGGGGUAAAGGUGGUCGAAACACUCGCUCCAAAGCCCACGCCGUCGGUGCUUCUACUGUUGGGGCCUCAGUGGUCGGAGCUAGUUUCCUCUUCAGCACUGCGUCGGCCUCUUCGGCCGACAAUGACUCCGACAACGAGAGCUCUACCUCAGUCGUAGGCACAACAGGCAACAUGAGCGUGAAAGCGCCUCGAAAAGAGCCGAAGCCGAAUAUCGGAGACCAUCCAACUGCCAGUACAGUGACUCCCUCUAUGAAUCAAGAAGAGGAUGACAACACCCGAACUACGGUAGCUGCUGGUCCGGCGGACACUGAAGAGCAGGAAGAAGGCAAGGACGAAGGUGGUGACCCUCUUUCUGGUCUGGGGUCAGCUCAAGCCCCACUACUGGUUGGCAGGAAGUCCGUGACGGUAUCAACUGGUAUAUCCCCAGGUGUACGCCGGCCAGUCACGGUUCGACUGGGUGAGACUGCAACGGAAAUGCUAUUUGAACUACGCAGUGUUUGUGUCGCUCUGGACGCGCCUGAUCAUAAUUCUAUUGCUGCGAGAAACAAACGCUAUCAAGCGAUCUGUGCGCAGAAGAAAGGCAGUGACAAAUACGUGCAAGGUCGAACUCAGACUUUACAGCUAGCACAGAAGGCAAAAGAGGUCAUGACCGCCCCACCAGCUACUCGUGACGCAGCGUGUGUAGCUACCGACUGGGAUAUCUACGACUGCGGCAAGCUCGAGGAUGAGACCAACGCAGAGGACGAUGUUGGUGGAGCGAUUACAAACGGGGUAUCUCAGUCUCAAACGACAUCAAGUGAAGGAUCUAAAGGUGAAGGAACGCCCGUAUCGACGGGGACAGAGUCAAUUGGUGGGGGUGUUGCGGACGUUCAGCUUAAACAGCAAGUGGAAGAGAUCGUCGGAGCCACCUUAGCGUCCCCCGGUUGUGUGCUAGAUGUCGAUGGAGACAUUGUCGAAGAUCUGCGUGCAAGACAACACCAUGCGUCUAGACCAAGUCGCAAGACGCGAGACAGACACGGUCAUAGCAGUAAUUACAGCCAAAAGUCUCGGGUAUUCGACAGCCAACGCUCUGCUGCAGUAGCGACUGCGUACGUGUCCGGGAAUUCCAACGCGUCGGUCGUCCCAGGCGACCAAAGUGGCGGCAACAUUACAGCUGGUGCCUCGCAAGACUUUGCAGGUUUAACAGCCGAAGGUGCAAGUUCGGGCAGUGCAGCGACCAAUUCUCAGGUUGGUAUGAGUGUAGCUAACGCAUCACGCGGCGUCCUUAGUGGUGCAGCAACUGGGAGUGGCGACCAGAAGUCCAACAACGUGUACGCUCGAGCCAAUACUAAUGUGGAUCUGGGUGAGAUUAUCGCUCGUCAACGCACCGCACACGUCCUGGGCUCCUCCUCUCUCACUCUCAUGGCCAGUAUCGUGGAGCGUGCCGUGCAGCAGAACGUGUACCACGAGCAACAUGUGAGGUAUCGAGACUUCCCCAUGCUCGAGUCGGAGGAACCAGUAACCGAGUCUCGAAACGUGAUCGUACCAGCUCUAGACAUGGGCUUCCCCGGAGCUCUCGGCUCUGGUCGUUCUAACUCGUUUUCGACCGGUUCAAAGAGCAUCGAAGAGCUCGAGAAACUGUGGACUUUUAGCUGCGAACUCACUCAAAACCGAACUGUGUCGUGUCUUGCCUGGAACACAGCGAACGAAGAUCUACUCGCAGUAUCCUAUGCACGCAAUGAUCAACCGACACAACCCGAAGUAUCCGCAGCUUCCCCUGCCAAUGGCCAAGCACCCAGUCCAGCUAAUCCAGUAUCUCGACCUGGAAAUGUUCAAUCUCCUGCAACCUCUGGCACUACCGGUACAGAGAAAGAUGGUCUGGUACUCUUCUGGUCGCUGACCAAUCCUGAAUACCCUGAACGGAUCUACCAACUACCAGUGGGUGUGACCUCCAUCGACUUCAGCACUGCACAUCCGUAUCUCCUAGCGGUUGGAUUCGCUGAUGGUGUAGUUUCCAUUUACGACACUCGGAAGGAUGAUUCUAUCUCUUCUACUUCUUCGUCAAAUGCUACGUCAUUAGGAGAGACAGCGACGCCAACUGUGAAGCAUGUUCCGGUCCCGGUCGCUACGAGUUCGGGUCUAAGUGGGAAACAUCUUGAUGCUGUAUGGCAAGUCAAAUGGGUGGCUCAUGGAGGCAGUGAGAGCGUUGUCAGUGUGUCUGCGGAUGGGCGAGUGGUCGAGUGGAGUCUCAAGAAAGGACUGAGUUAUAGUGAUCUCAUGACGUUGAAGCGAGCACCGAACCCGUUAUUAGGAGGUCCCGGUACUGCUGCAACUGGAACAAACGGAGUCGGGGGAGGCACGGAUGGGGUCAUUUCACGACAGGCUAGUGGUCGCAGUCUCGUGUUUGCAAGUCAUGGAGAUCCGUCCGUUUACUACGUGGGUACGGAGGACGGACUGGUGCACAAGUGCUCGGUAUCAUACAAUGAGCAGUACUUGCAGACGUACAUUGGACACACUGGACCGGUAUACCAGUUGCUGGUGUCUCCGUUCUGUAGUGACCUCUUUCUCUCGUGCUCUGGUGACUGGAGUCUAAAGUUAUGGCAUCAAGCUGAUCCUCACGGGGAAGCAGCGCUUACGUUCCACUCUGUGGAUCUGGCCAAGGCCGUGCUAGGAGCGUCCUGGAGUCCGAGUGAUGCUGGGGUAUUCGCUGCUGUGGCCGAAGACGGUCGUAUCGAGCUCUGGGACCUCAUCCAGUCCACUCUUGACCCGAUUGUGCGUCAUUUUCCCAAGAAAUAUAUCGCAGUUCCUGUGCCUGUGACUCAACCAGCUGAAGGCGAUGUGUUGGACUCGAGCACACGAGAUUUGACACCGAAAGAGGACGAGAACGACGAAAAGGAUCGAGAUCCGAAUGCAGUGGAAGUCCCAGCGACUACUAUGGUUGAAGUGCCGCUGGAGUGCACCACAGUAGCGUUUGCACCGAAAGCCCCGGUGCUUAUUGUUGGAGACUCGACGGGGGACGUGACGGUAUACCGAGUGCCUGCUCAAGUCUCGAAAAGUGCAACCGGCAAUGGCGAAACUGCUGAUACGGUGUCAUAUAUCGAGGAUCAGGCAGCUCGAUUAUUGCGCACUAUUCGUUCAAGUAAGCACGAGUAACUUUUUAGGACUAUAACUUCAACGUACGUAGCCAUUUUCGCUUAGUUGAAGUUCGGUAUGUCUCAUGUAGCCC